AGUGGAACCGCGCCGAGCGGAGCCGCCGGGCCGCCCCUCCCAUGCGCCUGCCGAGCAUGUCCCAGCCCUUCCUGCUGGCGCCUAUCGCUGAGUGCGCGCCGGGGCUGCCCGGCCCCCAGGUCCGCCUGGCAGUACUGGGUGCCCGCGGAGUUGGCAAGAGCGCGAUGAUCGUGCGGUUCCUGACGAAGCGCUUCAUCGGGGACUACGAGCCCAACACAGGCAGCCUCUACUCCCGGCUGGUCCGUCUGGGGGGUGACCACGUUGCCGUGCAGAUCCAGGACACGCCGGGGUGCAUCCAGGUGCAGGAGGACUGUGUGCAGGUGCUGGACGCCCUGUCCCGGUGCGUGAAAUGGGCAGAGGGCUUCCUCCUGGUCUACUCCAUCACAGACUACAGCAGCUACCAGGUAGUCCGGCCGCUCUACCAGCACAUACGCAAGGUCCACCCAGACGCCAGGACCCCCAUUAUUAUCGUGGGGAACAAAGCUGACCUCCUCCACGCCCGGCAAGUGCAGGCAAAGGAGGGACUACAGCUGGCGAAUGAACUGGGCAGCCUGUUCUUGGAGAUCUCCACAAGUGACGACUCCCAGGGCGUCUGUGAUGUGUUCCAGUACCUGUGCAAGGAGCUCAGCAAACUGCAGCAUGCUGGCAGCACAGACAGGAGGCGGGUGUCCAUCAUCCCUCGGCCCAAAUCUCCCAAUAUGCAAGAUAUAAAGAGACGUUUCAAACAGGCUUUAUCUUCCAAAGUCAAAUAAACCGCUGUGAUGAGAUCCUGUGUGAUCCAAUAGACCUUAUUUUUGUAAACUAGUUAAUAAAAAUCUUUAUUUUUGUACUAACACCAGCAGUAUGGAAGUAAGUAUGUCAAAGCUUGCGAUUUCGUUGCCAUUCUCUCUUGUUUGACUGGUUGGGUUAUUUUUACAAUAAGAAAAAAAGCUGCAUAGCAACUAAAUAGAGGUAGUUGGAGAAGGGGAUUUUUGCCAGGAGGGUUUGAUUCCAUUUCUGUUUUGGGCUGGGGUUUCCUGCUUGACACUGCUCAAAUGACUUUUUGGGGGCCUCAGUUUCCUGUUUCCAGAAUGGGAGUGAUAAUGAUGUAACACUCUGCUGCCUUUAUAGAAUGUUUGAAAGCCUUUGAUGGAAAGCUUCAUAUGGAGAAAGGAAAAAAAAGCUCUAUUAAACAUGAAAACAAAACUGUC